AGAUUAUUUAGCACGUUUGGCACUCUACGAAAGACCUAUAUGGCAAUGUGCCUUAACUGGAAAACAGGGUCUAACAUAUAGGCAAGCUCUUAAAAGUGAAAAGAACCAUAGGGAAACGUUGGAGGAUAAGUUUCCGGAAGGAUUAAAACGACAAAUACUGGAGCUAGUUCAAUUCAAAAUGGAAAGAUUGGACAUACUUGUAAACGAGAUCUUUCAAAGGUUUAAGGACCUGUAUACUGUCGGAGAAAUUAUAUAUGUAGUGACUGAUAAAAAGAAAGUUAAAGCGAAAAUUUUGGAGGUCAUCCAAAUUGUUCCAAGUGAAUCAAGUUCUAAAGGAGCAAAGAUAGGCAAUCAAAAACCACGUAAAAUCACACAGUCGCAAGUUUCAUACCGCGUACAAAUCUUGGAAGAUGAAGGAAACUCCGCGAAACAGAAGAAUAAGAAAUCCAUUGUAAAAAUUAUUGCCGGGAAUGAGGCGAUGAGUCGCGCGGACAAACUUUCAUUCACAAAAACACUUAUCCGUCAAUUCAUUAAAGAGUCGGCAGUUAAAGAUUCUUAUUUUCAUGCUCCAUGGCUUGUUAAAUCUAUAUUAGCUAAAAAAUAUUCCAUACCGACGAAAUUGCCAGAUGAGUUACGACAGGCCAAAGUUGAGGCGCUAGAAAAAAGUCAAAAACGAAAGUCUAAGAAACAGUUGACUAGGAAGCAGGCUGGUAAUCUUGCAGAAAAAGUCAAGCAAGAGAAAAAGAAGCAACAGGAGCUUGAAAAAAAAAAAAAAGAGGCUGAACGCCAAGCCGCAAAGGAAAAAAAGCAAAAAGAAAAGGAAGAGCAAAAGCGAAUAAAAGCAGAGCAAAAGAAGAUCAAGUAUCCAAUCGAAGAUCUUGAAGUACCUCUUGAUCGAUUAUUACGUCAGAAACGACCGUCAAUAAGUCAGGACUUUAAAGUUCCCCCAAUAUAUGUUGGAACAAUGCUUGCUAUCUGGAAUUUCUUUAAUAUAUUUGGAAAGCCGCUUGGCUUGUCAUUUUGCACUCUCGACGACCUCGAAUCAUCGCUUCAUCAUAAUAUGACAAAUCCUCGUUGUUAUUUGGUCAUCGAGAUGCAUGUGGUCUUAUUGAAUGCAAUUAUCAAGGACCGUUUAUAUUUUAAGGGCAAAAAACGUCAAGUUGUCCCUCGUAUUGCCAAUUCAAGAGAGAAUUCAAGGGAUGAAACAGAAAGUGACACGAUGCAAGUUGAUCAAGACACUGAAGAUGCAACUUCAGAUGUUUCUCGAGAGAUAUUGGAGGGAUUAAGUAAGAAUUGGGAUAAACGAACUCUUCCUUCAAGUGAUGGACGAAAAGGUUGGGAAAGUAUUCUCGUCGGUUGCAUCCAUCAGCUGGGCGAUCAUAAAUCAAUUCCUAAUUUUAAUCGCAUAAUUUCACAUAUGGUACCUGAUAGCGAGUCUGUUACCGAAGAAGAUUUUGAAGAAAAUUAUGUGACUCUCGAAGUAGUAGAUAAAUUACAAAUUUUGGACUUCUUAGUUAACGCUGCCGUAAAGACUUUAGUUAUCCACGACCACAUUGAAUGGUGUAUCGAGAAGCUAUCAGAUCUGAACAAAGAAAAAACUGACCUUGCAAAAGAGAGACGACGGAUUACACUUUCACUCAUUGAAAUUGCAAAAGGUAACCUUCCUCCGCCCUCGGUUAAUGAUUCAGAUGGGGAUUCUCCGGCUUCUGCUGUGAAAUCUAACGGAAAUGGCAUCAUGACUUUGGAAUCCAGAAAGCGUAAACUGGAGGAAGAAGAAAUCGGGGUACAAAAGAGGGAAGAACAAAUUGAAAAGGAUAAGCGGAAAUUUGCAGUUCCACGGAUAUUUCCUUUGGGGCGUGACCGUUUUUAUAACAAGUAUUACUACUUCGAUAAUACGGGAGCGGCAGUUACCGAAAAAUAUGGUGCAGGUAGAAUCUUUGUCGAGAGUCCGAAUAACUUUGAUUUAGAAAUAAUGAGAGAGAAGGAAGAACAGCGUUUCAACAAAAGGAGGAAAACCGAGGAUCUUGGUUUCCUUACUGUUGGUUCGGGUAGCCAGACUCAGUGGGGAUAUUAUGACGAUAUUUCUCAGAUAGAAGAACUACAACAAUGGCUUAAUCCAAAAGGUUUACGAGAAUUAUCCCUUAAUGAGGAAUUGAAAUCUCAUUUUCAAGACAUUUCCUCAGUAAUGAGCAAGAGGCAACAG